GUGUCAUAUAUCAGUCCGCUGUUUUGAUAGCUUAUUACAUCCUACUCGAUUGGACGGUCCUUCUUGUGUUGCGGUACAAGGUCAAGGACUUCGAUAUGUUGGCCGGUAUCAGUUGAGAAAGACCUACAGGCAAGAUGGCCAAAACUGCAAGAGGUCUAUUGACUUCUACACCGGGCUAAAUUUCCGAAAAAUUUUAGUAUCAGGCUUAAAAGGAUAAAAAUAUGGAUGGAAAAUCGACAUUUUUAUUUCCUGUGGUUUAUGGAUUAUUUGUUAUAUUAACUUUUCAUGUGUGUUUAUGUUCAAAUGACUUUGAGGAGGAAUUUCAGUUAAUUCAAGACAAACCGUUUUCCAACAGCACUGUUUAUGACAAAAAUGUGACGUGUGGUCAGCAUCGACCAGGCUUAUUCCCAACAGAAACGUGGACAUGCAAUGACAUCAAGGUAGAUGAUAUGAGGAUAGCCUACGGCUACUAUCCGGGGUUAGGCGCUGACACAAAGUGCACGGAAACUGGAGGCUUUGACGAGCUUAGGGAACUCUGUCGAAGAUUGCUUCAGUCUAUAUCCUUCAGUGGCAAGUUAUGGGGAGCGCAGGUGUCCAGUGCCACUUGCAAGUAUACAACAGCCACUCGUGUCACCCUUAACAUGGUGAUAGGGGGCUACGAAUGGCAAGAAUUAGGACCAGGCCAUGGCAUGAUUGAAACCCUACAAUGUACUGCUUUCCCAAAAGACGAGGAUGUAACGAUAUUGUGACUCUGGUCUCACGGACUCGCCAUUUGAAAAACAGCACACCGUUAUGUUCCAGUUCUUACCCGAUUUGUUUCUUAUUUCGCCAAAUGAUCUCUUGUUAUAGCUUGAAUGAGUGGAUGAAUGUUCAUAUACCAUAUAUUUUUCUGAGUGUCAUUUAUGAGUAAAUAAAACAUUGUUAGAAGUC